AUGCAGACUUCCGUACUCCUUAGAACAGCCCCGAGAUAUAGUGGCAGAUUAAUUCAACGGCCAUUCGUUCUAAACCAAGCAAAAUUCAACGGAACGGCUUUUGCAAAUCGGCCCAUGAUGUCAGCCUUAACAGACGCCAUUAAACGCGACCAUUCAGAAUUGAAUGAGUACUAUGAAAAGAUCGUUGGAACGGAUGACUUAGACACCCAGACCCGAUAUCAAAACUUGUUUACCUGGGAGUUAGCUAGGCAUAGCAUCGGAGAAGAACUGGUUGUCUAUCCAGCAUUUGAAAAGCACUUGGGAGCCAAGGGCAAGGAAAUGGCUGAUAAAGAUCGAGAAGACCAUCAAAAGGUCAAAAACAUGCUCUACAAGUUCCAAUCGAUGAAGGCUCAAGAUCCCGAGUUCUUGAAAACUCUUCAGGAUUUGUUCAAGGAUCUUAAUGAACAUAUCAAAGACGAAGAAAAUAACGACCUUCCAGCCCUAGAGCGACAGUUAGACUCCGAUUCGUCAGACGGCUAUGCUAGGAGCUUCGAAAGGACCAAGCUUUUUGUUCCAACGAGGUCACAUCCCAGUGCUCCGGAUAAACCUCCAUUUGAGACUGUGGCUGGGCUCAUGGCUGCACCGCUCGAUAAGCUUAUGGAUGUCUUCCGUAAGUUUCCAUAA